CGGGUGUGCACAUGUGUCGAGAUUACUCUGGCGCGAGUUGUUCGAAUUCUCUUUCACCGGAAGUUAUCACGAAUAGUCUUACGGUCGUGGGAGUAUCGAAGCGCCUGAAAGCUUGUUCUAUUGAUUGUUCGAAAAAAGCUUCGAACUAAUGAAAGUGCCACGAGUGUUCAGACACAUUAAACAUUCCGCUUAUCGCAAGAUUCGCAAAUCCACCAUCAACGCAUGGGCACUGAAGGUGCUAUUCGUGGUUUCCUGCAUGAUCAUCACCGUGCUACUCAUCAUCCACAAGUACCAGAGUUUGUCGAAUUUCAAACAAUCGCUGCUCUACCGGUUCGUAAAUGAUGAGCCGUUUUUUGACGGCGGCCCUCGGAAUGUCGACGGCAUACGAAUAGAUUGGCAUGACUAUGCGUAUAUAGAGUACGAAGCGGAACGACAGGGACCGGGUGAGCACGGGAAACCGGUUAAACUGCAGCGACCCGAAGAUUUUCAACUGAACAAAAAACUUUACAAAGAAAACGGCUAUUCAGCUGUUAUCAGUGAUAAGAUCGCGAUAGAUCGAGCCAUACCCGACAUUCGACAUCCUCAGUGCCACCAGAAACGUUAUCUGCGAGAUUUGCCGAAUGUCAGUGUGAUUAUUAUUUUCUACAACGAGCAUUGGAGUACGCUGUUGCGAACCAUCUACAGUGUAAUAAAUCGAUCCCCAGAACAUUUGCUCAAAGAGAUCAUUUUGAUCAAUGACCACAGCACCAAAAAGUUCCUUUGGAAACCUCUGCGAAAUUUCGUGGAAAGUGAACUUGCUCCAAAAGUCAAACUGAUUGACCUUCCCGAGCGAUCGGGUCUGAUCACCGCGAGGUUGGAAGGAGCCAGAGCGGCAAGCGGAGAUGUACUGAUCGUUCUCGAUUCACACACCGAAGUCAACGUAAACUGGCUGCCACCUCUUAUCGAACCCAUUGCUCAGAACUAUCGAACGGUGGUGUGUCCCUUUAUAGAUGUAAUCUCCCACGAAACGUUCGAAUAUCGAGCUCAGGACGAAGGAAAACGUGGUGCUUUUGAUUGGAAAUUCUAUUACAAACGACUACCACUCAGACCAGAGGACGUCAGCAAUCCCACUGAACCCUUCGAGAGUCCCGUGAUGGCUGGUGGGCUGUUUGCGAUAAGUGCCAAAUUUUUCUGGGAAUUGGGUGGAUACGACGAAGGGCUGGAUAUUUGGGGCGGUGAACAGUACGAGUUGAGUUUCAAAAUUUGGCAGUGUGGUGGCCGAAUGGUGGAUGCGCCGUGCUCCCGCGUUGGUCACGUGUACCGAGGGUAUUCACCGUUUCCAAACCCAAGAGGUGUGAACUUCGUAACCAGAAACUUCAAACGAGUGGCGGAGGUUUGGAUGGAUGAAUACAAACAGUUUCUGUACGAACGGAAUUCUCAGUUUGGCAAAAUCGAUGCUGGUGAUCUGUCCGAACAAAAAGCAUUGCGAGAGAAGCUGGAAUGUAAACCAUUCAAGUGGUUUCUGGAGGAGGUUGCCCCUGACCUGUUGGUGCGGUAUCCGUUGCGUGAUCCGUUGCCAUUUGCUUCUGGGCGAGUUCAAAAUCUGGCCAAUCCCAGCUACUGCCUGGAUACUUUGAAUCACAAAGCCAAACAAGCGAUCGGAGUUUUCGGUUGUGCCGACAACAAAACUCAUCCACAAAACAAUCAGCUGUUGACGUUGACCCACAACCGUGAUAUACGGGCGGCCAGUGUUGAAAAAUGUCUGGACGCUUCCGACGACGGUUCGCAGGUUAUUCUUUUUAACUGCCACGAGUCGCAGGGAAACCAACUGUGGCAGUACGAUUUGGAUAAUCGCUUUAUUCGUCACGGCAAACCAGUGCGGAAUCAAUGUCUCGAUCUGGUUGGUAAGAAGGUUGUUGUUUCCCGAUGCGAUCAUCGCAAGCAGACGCAACGGUGGGAUUGGGGAUUCGCGAAUGUGACGAUGCUGAGAAAUUGGGAAAAAUAUGGCGCUAAGCUAUUAUGAUAAGAGAUAUAUUCUUGUAAAUAAAGAUA